AUGUUCGCGUUCAAUACUACUGCUAACUUUGGCGAAUCACUUCAAUACUUCGACCUUAUAUCCAAUCUGUGGUUCCGAAAUCGAGUACUAGCUGUUCUGACUUCUGGUCAUGAAGAGAAACACAAUCCAGAUGGUGAUUCCUUUUUGGAGGAUGAAAGCACAAAGAUCUUUGCCAAAAAAGUUGCAGACCAUUACAGUGCAAGAACAAACCAAACAUUGGAAGAACGAGAAGCAAGUCCCAUUAUUCAUUUAAAGAAACUCAAUAACUGGAUCAAAAGUGUUCUAAUUCAACUAUAUGCAAAGAGGGGGGAUGCAGUUCUUGAUCUUGCCUGUGGUAAGGGUGGUGAUUUGAUCAAAUGGGACAAGGCAAAAAUCGGAUACUAUGUUGGCAUUGACAUAGCAGAUGGCUCUAUAGAAGAUUGUCGCACCCGUUACAAUGGUGAUGCAGAUCAUCAUCAACGCCGUAAAAAAUUCACCUUUCCUGCUCGACUUUUAAGUGGAGAUUGUUUUGAGGUACAAUUGGAUAAAGCCUUAGCUGAUGAUGCACCUUUUGAUUUAUGUAGUUGUCAGUUUGCUAUGCAUUAUUCAUGGUCUACUGAGGCACGUGCCAGAAGAGCAUUGGCUAAUGUUUCAUCAUUACUUCGUCCAGGAGGAAUAUUUAUUGGAACAAUGCCUGAUGCUAAUGUUAUAGUAAAAAAACUAAGAGCAGCUGAUGGAUUGGCUUUUGGAAAUAGUGUUUACUGGAUUCACUUUGAUGAUGAAUUCUCAGAGAAGAAAUUUAAGUCCUCAAGUCCCUUUGGCAUUAAGUAUAAAUUCCAUCUUGAGGAUGCUGUUGAUUGUCCAGAGUGGAUUGUCCCAUUUCAUGUGUUUAAAUCGCUUGCAGAAGAGUAUGAUUUGGAGCUUGUUUUUGUGAAGAAUUCACACGCAUUUGUUCAUGAGUACAUGAAAAAACCCGAAUUUAUAGAACUCAUGAGAAGACUCGGUGCCUUGGGUGAUGGAAACCAAGACCAAACUACACUUUCACCAGAUGAAUGGGAGGUAGCUUAUCUAUAUUUGGCAUAUGUCUUAAGGAAGCGAGGUCAACCAGGACAAAACAGAGGAAAUACACGAAGAGACAAAGGGAAGAUGCAUCUAGAAAAGGAAGACAUAACGUAUAUCAGAAGCUGAUUUAAUUGAAAACAGGUGUUAAGUUUUGUAAAAUAAUUAAAAAUUAUAUUUUCUUCUUUUUUCUUUUUGGCUUUAAAAUAGAAAGCCUUUGUUACACAACAUGAUUUCAUAGAAUUUCACGUUCUGUAUAAUUUUGUAUUCUAUCAGUUGCUAAAUUUAGUUAUUUUUAUGCUUAAACAAUUCUUC